GCCGACGGCGGCGCGGGGCUGCGCCGAGCCCCCGUCCCAAUGGCGGCGCUGAAGUACGCGGGGUUGGAGGACACGGACAGCGAGGAGGAGCUGCCGCCGGGCUGGGAGGAGCGCACCACCAAGGACGGCUGGGUUUACUACGCGAACCACCUGGAAGAAAAAACUCAGUGGGAGCAUCCUAAGUCUGGGAAGAGGAAACGUGUUGCAGGAGGUCUGCCAUAUGGAUGGGAGCAGGAGACUGAUGAAAACGGACAAGUCUAUUUUGUAGACCAUAUAAACAAAAGGACUACCUAUCUUGACCCAAGACUGGCCUUUACGGUUGAAGAUAACCCAGUAAAACCUACUACUAGACAAAAAUAUGAUGGAAACAGUACUGCAAUGGAAAUACUCCAGGGUCGUGACUUGAGUGGGAAAGUGGUUAUAAUCACGGGAGCGAAUUCAGGAAUAGGUUUUGAAACUGCAAAGUCUCUUGCACUGCAUGGGGCAUAUGUUAUCCUGGCCUGCAGAAAUACGACAAGAGGCAAUGAUGCCGUUCAACGCAUUCUUGUGGAAUGGCACAAAGCCAAGGUAGAAGCAAUGACCUUAGACCUUGCUUCUCUUCAGAGUGUGCAGCACUUUGCUGAAGCAUUCAAAUCCAAGAAUGUGCCGCUUCACAUCCUGAUCUGCAACGCGGCCGUGUUCGGUGCUCCCUGGCGCCUGACGGAGGACGGCCUGGAGUCUACCUUCCAGGUGAACCACCUGGGACAUUUCUAUCUUGUCCAGCUUCUGGAAGAUGUUUUACGCCGGUCGUCUCCUGCUAGAGUUGUGGUGGUGUCCUCCGAGUCACACAGAUUUACAGAAAUUAAAGACUCCUCUGGAAAACUCGAUUUCAGCCUGCUUUCUCCAUCUAAGAAGGAGUAUUGGGCUAUGUUGGCCUACAAUCGUUCCAAGCUUUGCAAUAUAUUGUUCUCCAACGAGCUGAACCGACGCCUUUCUCCCCAUGGGGUGACGUCUAAUUCAGUCCAUCCUGGAAAUAUGAUGUACUCCUCCAUUCAUCGUAACUGGUGGGUGUAUACCCUGCUGUUUACCUUGGCUCGACCUUUCACCAAAUCCAUGCAACAAGGAGCUGCCACAACCGUCUACUGCGCCACGGCGGCGGAGCUGGAGGGGCUGGGCGGGAUGUACUUCAACAACUGCUGCCGCUGCCUGCCGUCGGAGGAGGCGCAGGGCGGCGCGACGGCCACGGCCCUCUGGGAGCUGAGCGAGAGGCUGCUCCAAGAACGAAUUGGCAGGCAGUCCAAAUAACAGGGAGCUCCUGGAAGGAUCAAAACACACCGAGUGCGUGUGUGUGCACGCUCGGAAACUGCCAACGCUGGAACCUGUCCAAUCUUAUCAUCUAGAGGGUUUCCAUAUACCUCAGAUACAGAUUAACCAGUGUUAAAUGAAAUAAUAGCAGUCACAACAUCGUGAAAAAUGUUAAGUACUAAUGGGAAAUGGGGAAUACUGCGGGUUAAAGGGACAAUGCGGCUUCCUGGGGCUCAGUUAGCCUUGGUUCUCUUUCUUUUGAUUAUAGCCUGUUCAAAGUGUAACCCAAGGAGGCAUCUUUUGUCUUAUUUUAGAAAAGCAACGCUGCAGAUAUUUUCUGUUGUUUUGAUUAAUGGGUAGGUAUGUAGCCCACUAUGGGAUUUCCUCUUUAUUUUGAUAAUUACUGUCCGUUAGGCUUUAGCUAUUGAUCGGGAGUUGUGUUGAUUCUUUUUCCCUACAAGGAUUUUGUUGGGUGUGGCAAAUAAAAAGAUUAUUAAGGAAAGAAAUCUUUCCUGCCCUUGACUGCUGGCUGCAAAUACAUCUGCGCUGUCUAGAAAAAGAAAGUGCAAUAAGACAUCUGAACGGAAACGGUAAAGUCACAGCUAAUUAAGUAUUUCUGGUUUUUUUCUUAGAAGAUUAUAAUAAAAGAUAUGUUGUAAACCAUUCCCUAAAUACUGUCGAGUUAGCAAAGAUGAUGUUGUCUCCUUAAGAACACACAGGGUGUAAUCAGGGGUUGAAAUGGUAUUUCCAUCCACUUCUCAGUUCACAGUUUUAAGGAGUUUUUUUUCUUUCAAAAUUCACAGUUUCUCAGUUCUCCUGAUACUGUAUCCCAUUCCAAAUCUCUCUUUUUUUUUUCUUUCAAGUUAAAUUCAAUAAAACAACAUGCUUGCUUGAAUAUUUUCACCUGAAGAGAGUUUGUCUCAUUUCUGCAAAUGUCUUAGUUCCAAUUUUUUUUUUUUUUUUAGAAAAGAAAACUUGAGGAAAAAUAAAGAGCUUCUUGUUGAUGCCAAGAAAACGCUGUUUUUUUCUUGUUUCUUUCUGAGUUCAUGUUUUGUAUUUUGUGCUUUGUAGCUGUCUUCAUGCCAGAAGGUUGUCCUAAGCCAUCCUCAGUCCAGCAUCACGUUUUCUGUAGACAGAAUAUAAACAAAUAAAUACAAGGACACCUUGUUAAUAGAAGCUUAUUUGACCCCCUUAUUUUUUAUGAUUUAUUGUUAACAGUCUGCCUUCCGUGAUUUUGCUCGUCUGCAAUCAUAAUGCGUUUGAUUAGCUGUUGAAUAGGUGUUACAAUAAAGGCACACAUUCACCGGGAAGAAGUAGCCGUAGC